GCAAUAGAGAGGUAGGGGGUGGAGAGCAACAAAGUAGUGGGAAAGCAAUGGAGAGUGUGUUAAGUAUCAUUCUCAUAUUUGGUGGUACAGGUUAUAUUGGUAGAUAUAUGGUUAAGGCCAGCGUUAAGAUGGGUCAUCCAACGUACGUUUAUUCUAGGCCUAUGACUCCACAAACACAUCCCUCCAAGAUAGAACUUCUCAAAGAGUUCCAGUCCAUGGGCGUCAACAUUGUCCAAGGAGAACUGGAUGAGCAUGAGAAGCUUGUGUCGGUGAUUCAACAAGUAGAUGUGGUCAUCUCGGCCCUUGCAUAUCCCCAAGUUCUUGACCAACUCAAAAUUAUAGAUGCCAUCAAAGUUGCAGGCACAUCAAAAAGGUUUCUUCCAUCUGAUUUUGGAGUUGAGGAGGAUAGGGUGACUGUUCUUUCCCCAUUCCAAGAAUUCCUUGAUAAGAAGAGGAUUAUCAGAAGAGCCAUUGAAGCUGCUGGGAUUUCUUACACAUUUGUGUCUGCUAGCUGCUUUGGUGCAUACUUUGUGAAUUACUUGCUCCAUCCACAUGACUAUUCAAACGAUAGUAUUACCGUCUAUGGCAGUGGUGAAGCCCAGGCGGUGUUAAAUUAUGAAGAAGACAUUGCUCUUUAUACAAUCAAGGUGGCAAAUGAUCCCACAGCCUGCAAUCGGAUAGUCAUUUUUCUACCCCCCAAAAACAUUAUUUCGCAGCUCGAAUUGAUCGCUCUUUGGGAGAAGAAGACUGGUAGAAGCUUCAAGAGAGUUCAUGUCUCAGAGGAAGAGCUUGUGAAGCUAUCUGAGACCCUGCCAAAUCCGCAAAACAUACCCGUGGCCAUCCUUCACAGUAUAUUCGUAAAAGGGGUUCUAAUGAAUUUCGAAAUAGGGGAAGAUGACAUCGAGGUUUCAAAACUAUAUCCUGAUAUUAACUAUCAUACCAUUGAUCAGCUCCUCCAUAUUUUUCUCACAAAUCCCCCCAGCCCUUGUUCUGCUGCCUUCGAAUGAGGUUGGUGUAGCAAGUUCUCUUUUUUUUUUUUAUGUUCAAAAAAGUGAGAUCAAUCCGCUGAAUCAAUGUUAGUUUAUCUGGACACUAUCUUUUAAUUCCAAGGAAUUGCAGUGAGCUGUAUGUUUUGCAAUGAUCAAUCUUUAUGUAUCCAUCUAUAUUUUUGUAAUGCUGCUAUUUUCAAAAAAACUUUCUUUCCGUGGCUUGAACAA